AUGUGGUCCAAGGGCAGCUGCACUGAGUUUGGGUUCUGCUCAGAGGAGCAAGAGAGGUCAGCGUACGCCGCCCUCCUUUCGCGGCUCCGCGAGGAGGAUGUUUUUGGCGCAGCCAUGCCUGACACCACGGGGCGGCUGCGCAUCAAUGUACCUUUCGCUGGUCGCUUUGCCGAGCGAGAGCAGCUGGUGCACUUUUUGCGUGAAGAGGUUCUCAACAAGCGCACGGACAUCCGCGAGAUUUCGCUUUUUGUGACUGAUGUGCUUGAUUUCUACAAGAGCACAGGCCACUAUGGGGCCUUGCAGAGUGGCGAUCCCAAGAUCUUGAUCCAGUACACGGUGCAAGACGGCCGCGCGCCACUGCCAUCAGCCGAUGUCGUGCUAGCUAUGCAUCCUGACUGCAGCUCCUCCUAUUUAACGAGCUUCUGGGGCGCCUACCAGGGGCAUUACUACAUGUGGCAGCACAUCUUGCAGAAUGCGGUGAACAGUGCGCCUUUGGUCAUUGCGGCGAACCUUUGGUUGGAGGAGUCCCUGGAGGUACAGCAGGUGGCGCGAGCGCAAGGCAUGCUGGUUUCAGCAGCACUGAAGAACCGCCUCUACCAUGGAUUCACGGUGACGGCUCCCCUGACCUCCAAUGUGAGGGACCGGCAGCCGUUCCAUUAUUUGGUCAUCGCUCAAAGAGAGCCGGCCAAGAACAUCAUUUCCAUCAAGCCCUGCGCAGAAGAUUAUGCUGGAGGGUACCAGAAUCAGUGGACGAUGACCAGCCAUCAACAUUGGCCGACGCCAUGGCAGUGGCCGCCACCAGCAUGGGGACCUGCCCACAGCCAUACCAUGCCCUAUGGGGCCCCACCCCCGCACGGCCAUGCUUUCCACCAGCACCAGUACCACCACAAACAUCCCCCCCACCCAGCGCUGUACUACAGGCCACCUGAACCGCAGCUUCACCACCAGAUGUGGUACUAG